GUUUGUGACCCGCCGCGCCGGCUGCAUUUAGCGAUCGGUAUACUACAUGCAUAUGGAGCAACCAGCUUUAGCAACGCACGCAUAUCGUGACGCGUGAAGUAGUGUACAAAUAUCGAAUGGUCACUGCACGACGGGGUGUGCGUGGCCGGUUGUUGUGCGUAUUUGCGUGAUCAAAAUGAAUGAACUGAUGGCAGAAUUGGCUCAAGAAAAUGAGCAGAAAUUCUAGCAGGCUUAACGCGACGAGACUUUGAGAGCUGACAGGCCUGAGAAUGCUGUCCUACUGAGGAGUCGAGUGUGGAAACACUUUGUGGCAAGAUGGGCACAACUGUGGGUGCGGCCCUGCGGCGGUACUUCCCAUUUCCAUGCUUGGCCCAGGGACUGAUGGAGUCAGACGAUUCGGAGUGGCGGAAGCAGAAUGAGAACAAGAAUGCCAUCUACGACCUCAUCUACUUCGGCGGUCAGGGGAAGCUGGUGGAAGGCUACCGAAACAGAAAGAGCGAUGCCGAGUUCCAGGCCCUGAUCAGGAAGGAGGUGGGACCCUUCCUCUUCAAUGGCGGCCAGGGGAAGAUCAUCAAUGAAUGGGACUACAUCCAGUACCGGAAAAGCACUGUUGAUGACAAGAAGAGGAAGAUCCUGGACACCAUGUCGGACCACGAGCUGAUGCUCGAGUUCCAGGAGUACCAGCAGAUGGCCUUCAACCGCUUUACGGAGCACCAGGCCUGCUGGGACCUGGCCAAACGGGGUGAGGUGGGCGAGACCAUCCUGCACCUGUGCUACCUCAACAACACCAAGACCCACCGGGAGAUUGCCCGCUUCCUGCUGGAAACCUACCCCAAGUUGGCCCUGGAUGUCUACGAGGGGGCCGAGUAUUACGGUGAGGAAAUUUAUUGGGCUGUCAGAGAGAUUUUGCACACAAAACGGUGGCUUGUACACAUACGUUUUGUUCGAGGGCACCUCUCCACAGUUGCAUUUUCAGAGCACAUCGUGGUCCGUAUACAUGAGCUGGGAGGGCAUUCAUUGAUGCACAGUAUAUAUUGUAAUCCCAAUGUACAGAGCAUGUUCAAGCAUGUCAUCCAGCACAACAAGAUGCCGGCCAACUAUCACAUAGCCAACAAUGCUGGCCUGACCCCGCUGGAGCUGUCCUACCGGCUGGGCCGCAACGAGCUCUUUGCCCGCCUGCUAGACCUGGCCAGUGAGACCCAGUGGGCUUAUGGCAACCUGGCCUAUGUUGCCUACCCUCUGGGCAUGCUGGAUACCAUAGGAAAAGAUGGAGCACUCAACAAGCACUCGGCACUCCGAACAAUCAUCAAAAAAGACGACCCCCAACACCUGAGGAUGUUGGAAGGUCAAGUCAUCAAUCAGCUACUACAGGAGAAGUGGAAGAGAUAUGCCAGGGGGCAUUUCAUCUUCAAGUUUGUGUGGGCUUGUUUGCAUCUGACCCUUCUCAGCCUCUCAAUCACCCUGAGACCCGAAGGAGAUCUGCUCUCAGGAAGCGAUAACAUUACAAAGUUACGUUACUUCACGGAAGUGUGCGUCAUCAUCGGCUGUGUGGCCAAGACGGUAGUGGAGUGCAUUGAGAUCAGAUCCAGAGGAUCACUGCUGGAUUAUUGCAAGAGUCUGUACAUUCUUCCCUUCAAAGGUCUGUUCAUGUGCGCCAUUAUCAUGUUGUACAUCUGCGUACCGCUGCGCUUCCUCGGUCUCCGUCAAAUUGAGGACAGGCUGCUCAUCAUCAUUAUGCCUUUCUCCUUCGCCUACAUAUUGUUCUUCUACCGAGGUCACCAGAAGCUUGGACCGCUCAUUGUCAUGAUAGGCAAGAUGACCAAAGGAGAUGUCUGUCGCUUUGCCAUCAUCUACGUCAUUUUCAUCUUCAUUUUCGGGGAAGCAUUUUUCUACCUGUUCAAAGGUGUGGAUCCAGGGAUAUCCCAAGACUUCCAGACUUGGAAUGGCUCCAUGAUGAUGGCAUUCCUCAUGGCCUUUGGAGAUUUCCCAUAUGAGGUGUUCGAUUACUCUCGCAUCGGCUGGCUGUCGAGGUUCCUCUUUUUCAUCUUCAUGCUGCUGUUGCCAUGGCUACUCAUCAACAUGCUGAUUGCCAUGAUGGCCAAAACGUACCAGCAGGUGGAGGAGCGUUCCAAGAUGGAGUGGAAGCGGCAGUGGGCCAUCAUUCUCCUGAACAUUGAGCGGUCCAUCCCCAAGGGCAAGCUGGAAAAGUACCAGAAGGCCUACUCCACAGAGAUGCGAAUCCCCUACAGAGAAGCCCUCAAGAAGGGCCUGAUACAGGAGACGGACGAGGGGACGGGCAAGGCGGGAGGGACUGUGGUCAUCAGCUCCUACAAGGGGGAGGACCCUCCUCUCAUCCCCAAAGGCCACCGUAUCAUGUACAAAUCCUGGAAGAAGGAUGACCUGAAUGUGCCGCUGGUGCCCCUGGCAAAGCGAGAGACACCCCCGGACCCAGAAAGCGGGGAGAGGGAGAAAGAGUACGUCUGCCGAGCGCUCCUUAUCCAGACGGUGCUGCCCAAGAGCCGGGCCAAGGCCCGGAGGGAAGCCGUGCUGAAGUGGAGGGGAGCGCUAAGGAAAGUCAUCCGAGCUAACAAGCAUGCCAAGGUCCUGAUGCGACAGUCCCGGGCCAAAGUGGAGCGCACACCCCGCGGCGCCCGCCGUACCUCCCGCACUCCUGUCGCAUCCAUGGCUGCACCCAACCCCCUCACGAGCCUCCCGGAGACCCAGCCAGCUCCCGCCGGUGGUGAGGCCGAGGGGUCCCCGGACCAGGAAGCAGAGGUCCCAGAGGUCAAGAGCCCCAGGAAGGGUCAGCUGCCACCACUGAUCAGGCAGAAAAGCAGAGCCAUCCUUCCUCCUGUGGUCUAAUGUCUGAGGCGUAAAAUCUUUGAGGGCAAAUUUCAGGGACAGUAUCAAGGGUAGAAUCAUGUGUGGAAUAAUGUCAGGAGACAUCAUGACCACUGCUGUGCCUCCACACUUAGGCGCAUGGCGCACGUCCUCAGAAAUGGAAUUGUACUUGCAUUUUGGCAAGUGGUUAACACCCUCAUAGUUGUAAUAGGCAAUAAGCACAUGCAUACAGCCUGCAUACAAAUGUGGUGCAUGGUACCACUCGAGCAUUUCUUGUCUCCAGGUUGGUCAGUGUAAUUAAUUGUGCCCUGAUUUAGCAUCUUGAAAAGGCAAAGCUAACUAUUAGUUUGAAACUUUGCAGUAUCCACUGACUUUAUACGGCCUCAGUUGAAAUGUAAAUGCUCCUACCAAAUUAAUUAAACAACCUUUAUGUAAUAAAGUUUCUUUAUGGAACAAUGCGAAGCUAAGAUUAUAUAUUUACAAGAGAUCUUUAUGUAUAAAUAUUUGCACAAUAUCCUAAGCACAAAAAUGUGUAAAUAGUAUAGUUUACAGUGUUUGUUAGUGUGUCUGAGUGCAUCUAUAUGUAUUGUGUGGCUCAGGUGUUUCAACCACAGGAAGCCUCAUCUUCUUAACAGUGAGUUCUGUAGAACUGAAAAAUAGAAGUUAACUACUUCAUGCUGGACGAUGUGUAAACACUUGGAUUUUCGUUUAAACGGAGGUUCCACUAGUCUGUAGAGGUUGAACGUGUGUGGAGCCCUCAAGUGGCCAUGGGCAAUUGCAGCAAACAUCGCUCUUUGAAAUUUUUUGGAGUUUCAAAAAAGUGACAAUGCAGUAACAAAUUUUGAACAAAGGACCACCAAAAGUCAUCAUUUCUAAAGUCAGACUUUAUAACGAUUUGUGGUCCUCGUAAAUUGUUUUAAAAAGUUUGCAUUUUUGACCAAUUUAUUGUGGAACAAUACCACGGGCAAGUGGUUUAGUACAUCAGGAGGACAUUGCAUUGCUCCUGCAUAGAACUCAGGUUUCCUCCUCUAUAAAGAAACCAUAGAUCCAGAACUAAAUUUCCUGAGAGGGGGAGCUUGUUUCUUUCGGGCAAAAAAUUUGAAAAUCUUUAUGGUUAACUUUUGUGGCCUUCCCGAGGGCCGAGGCUAUACGUCGGGGAUUUUUACUGGUACUUGCAUUAAGAAGGGAAUGAUUUUGACCACCACAUCUGCCUUAUUACAGAAAAAGUUGACUGUUGUUUGUUUGGGUGAGAGGAGGUUGUGGUCCGCAUUGCUCUCUCCUUCACCCCUGGAUCUGCCCCUGCCAUCAGCUGUUCCUGCAUGGAGUCCACAGUAGCACUGGAGGGGGUUUUUUUUAGCGUAGUGCAAUAUAAUUGUUCAAAGUGUGUGCAGAAAAGUUUUGGAAUCUUCAUUUAAACUACUUUAUAUUCAUUGUUUCUCAGGUAUUGUUAAAUUGCCGCCUUCCAGACAUAUAUACAUUUUGGCAGGUGAAAUAUGAGGCUUUCUACUUGUCACAAUACCACAUAACAAACUCGGGUGUUAAUUGGCAAAAAUACAAGACAAUUGGGGAAGGGAUGGCACAGUAGCAGUGCCUCUUCUCCAGUGCCUCGUUGAAGUGCCUCUCAAAUAUAGCAAUGGGUUGUCACCUACAUUCCACUACUAUGAAAUAUGGUACUUAUGAAUAUUGAGUUCUUACUUCACUAUAGUAUUACUGUAUCUUUUACAUGUAGCUUAGUGAGACUGUAUUUUUCCUAGAUCGAAUAUAGUGCCUUGUGUGAUAAGAACUAUUUCCAUUGCAAAAAUCUUCCUGCUGUUGUUAGGGCGAAACUUUUGUAAUAGAUUCUUUUUAGCACAAGGUUUCACGGGGCUAAAAGCUAAGCAAGGUAACAGAGAUGUGGGUUCUGUACGGAUGGCGAAGUACCUCCUCAUUGUUGAAGAAGAGAGGCUGUGCUGACCAUUGGGACUGGAUGCUAGGUGCCCAUGUGAAGACUGGUCAUUCGCAUGAAAAUAGGAAACUUUCAAGAUGCCUGGUGACGGCAAAUGCACUGGUCCCACCUGACCCAUCCGCUACUGUUAACGUCUUUUUGAGCACGUGCAUAUUUGCACAAACCUGAUGCAAUCAAUAAUGGGGUGGCCACGUGAGACAGGUAUGUUUGCUGCCACCAUGAGUCUCAAAAGGCCCCCACUGGUCUUACAUGCACUGCACCGUACAUCCCUGCACACAGGUGUUUGCCCACCCACUCUAGUUUAAGGUUUUACAGAGGGGGAAAUAUUGUGUGGACAUGUGCAAGGCAACACAAUGUCUUUGAGCCCUAGAUUACGUGGACUUCUUUUGUUCUCAUGGUCCCCACAAGGUGUGCCAAACAAGUCCAUGGAGUGUCUUCAUAAACUUCUAAAAGGAUUGAUCUGCUGAAUUAUACGUGCAUUUUUGGUCUGCGAGGCGCCCAACUAAAAUAAAAAGUAUGGUUUCACCCCUGGAUAUAAGGAAAUUAUGCACAGUUGAAGAAUUCCAGAUAUAAAAUUCUGUGAAGCUAUUUUUCAGUUCUAAAAUAUUACUCUUACUCUCAGUCUAUAUAUUCAUUCAUGAUAAUUGAAAAAAAUAGAGUUUCCAGCUGUGAAAUGAGAUAGCUGAUUAAAAGAGCAGUUAUAUGAACAUGAUGGAACAUGCACAAGAUGCAUUGAAUGCUGUUGUGCAUGCCGCCAUCUAUUAUUUCACCUAUACUUUUCCAAAAGUGUAUGGUUAUGCAGUUACAUGUAUAUGCCUGUGUGCGUGUCAGCCCAAUGUGACGUUGAAAGUACACCCUCUCUUGUUCAUGCAUAGGAGACCAGACUGAGAAAUUGGUUGCAGGGAAAUUUUUGACUAAGCAAUACAUGUAUUUGCCGCAAUGUAAGAAGCAUAAAUGAGAUGUGCAGUCUUUCACAACUUUCAGUUCCCCAAAUUUUAUUUUUUCAUAACAAGAAGCUUAACAUAAUGUUUGAAAUACAUUACACCUUAUAUUUGUACAAGUACAUGUCGGUAAAACAGUUGUGGUUUUAUUUGGACAGUGGAAAAUAAAAGUGCCUGAUUUUUUGGAAAAGUGUGUCAUACCGGCACUAAGUACAUUUUGGUAAUUUUCAGAGGUGUUGUCAAGCCAAGUUUAAAGCAUUUUAAGGGUAAAAAAAAAUGUAUACAGUGCAAAAGAAGGAUUAUCUACACGUCCAAAUAAAAAUGCUAGAAAAAUAUCUGAACAUAAGCAUGAUACAAAAUAUACAAUUAAAAAGACUAAGUGUAAAACAAAGACCAAAUAAGGCUUCUCUCAACCAGUCUGUCAAUAAAUUUUGCUUUCUUUGGCGAUGAUUCGUGCUCUGAAAAUUUAAUCUACAUGUAUAAGCUCUUGUUGCUUUUUGCCAUAUUCAAAGAGGAUAACUGAUGAAGUCGUACUUGAAAGUUGGAAGUAUCUGAAGGCAUGAAAACAUUUCAGGCAUGGGCAAUGUGUUGUAACGAUUUAUCAACAAAGUACUUCACGCCUUGCUGUAAUUUCAGCACAUGGAUAUCGCUUACAGGUAAGAAUAAAUAAAUGAAAGUGUGCAUACAUAUGUUCCUCGAAUGUCAACUAACUCUUAACAAUACACGUUAAAAAAGACAUCUAAGCUGGAGUAGCAACAUGCAUGUCCCAUUGUGCAACAAAUUACCGUACAUUUUGUGGAACGUAAGCAGGGGAUAAAUUAUUUUAUUAAGGUUUAUGC